UCGGUCCGUUCGUCCGUCCGUUCGCGUUCGACCAAAAAAAAAAAAGCAGAAUCAGAAUUUUUGCAUCCGCUGCUCUCGCGCGAGACAUUGUGGCAGCUGCAUCCUGCUGUGUGAAAAGAAGUUUGCUAUUUUCUCGGAACUUUCCACGGAAAUUUGGCUCCCGACGUGAAUCGAUCGUGCUGUGGAAGUGAAAGAAUUGUGAUAAACGGUGCGAUAUUCAGCGGACAAGUGCGCGCUGGUGCAGGUGUGAAAAAUCGUCGCCUCGAGCAAUGUUUGCCUUCAGCGGAAGGAAUCGGGAAUUAUUACUAAAAUAAAGCUUCGCUGAGUGGUGCUGCGGGAAGGACGAUUUGUGAAUGCACCGGGUGCUUCGGGGAUGAAUUCGAUGGCGGAGUCCGGAUCGAAUCCGUCGGCAAUCUACCGGAUGAAGACGGAGCGCAAGCUGGUCGUCUAUUACGUGUUUGUUUACAUCUUCUGUCUGCAGAUCAUCACGACAAACACACGCACCUCGACCCUGUGGAAGCUCAACCCCGAGCAGGGGAAAAUCGUUAGCGUACCGACCGGUGGCGUCGGUACCGGUGCUGGGAGGGAUGACGGCCCCGGAUACGGUGAGGAUGAAUUGUCCGGACGGGUGGGUGAUACGCUACAUCCGGAGGAACUGGACGAGGACGAGGAGUCCACGUUCACCAUCAUAACUUCGACGGCAGCUAACUAUCGUCACAACACGUGGAAUCGGGGCGAGGGUACGACGGAGGAACUGCUGCGACGACUGGCAGACGAACCUAACGAAGCGUACCUUGCGGCAACAACUAAGUCAUCCAUUCGGAAUGGAAAUGGAAGCAGCAAUCCAACUGUUCCUUCAUCUCAAUCGUCAAUCGGCAGUUCCAUGCCGGAAUCCAAAGUUCCCCCCGAGGAUUUGCUAACCUGUGGCAAACCGGUCAAUUUCACCCACUACGACGACCUGGUGGGAGUGGCCCAACGCUACGAACACAACCUCGCCCCGGAACCGGAAGUGGCGUAUCUGUUCCUGAAGCGGAAGUCCGGCGGACAAUCGCUGGAACAUUUCAACGUCGACGCGCUGGAAAGGCGAUUGCGCAGAGCGAAGAAGGAACAACCGCAUACGAUCCAGCUGUGGAACCAGAUCGGGAACUUCUGGCGCAUCAAGGGCGAUGCCGGCCACGCAAUCGAGUGCUUCCGCCGUGCCCUGUCCAUUUCGCCCACCAAUCCGGACACCUUGCUCAACCUGGCCCGGGUACUGUUCAACCUGCAGUACCUGGACGAUGCGAUCAGUUUGACCAAGCGAUCGCUGGAGGUGCAUCCGCCGGACCGAAGCGCCUGGAGGCAGUACUUCACCCUGGGGGAGAUUUUCAAGGCGUACGGUCAGCUGUCCGACUCGAUACUGCACCUGAAGCAAGCGCUGGCACUGCAUCCGCACUACGAGCCGAUCCGGCGGCUGAUUGCCGAAACGGAAAAGAUCGAGUUCGCGUCCAACACGACCCGGAUGCAGUUCUACACUGGGUUGAUCAUCGUGGUGCUGUCCCUAGUGGUGCUGCUGAUGGUGACGGUCAUGCUCAAGUCCCGGUCCUCGAGUCACGGACACUGCGGAGGGUCGUCCAUUAGCAUCACCAAUUUGACCAAUGGUAGUGCCGGUGGUGGUGGUGGUGGAGGUGGAGGUGGAGGCGAUGGCAGUGCAGGGGAUGUUGACCGCGAUAACAACAACCACAAUAAUAACCACCACCAAAAUGGCCGACUGGGACCGAUCAUCAAUGGUUUCUCGUUGGCAAGCUUCCGACCGGCCAAGCACUUCAACCGGGCCCAGGCGAUGCGGUCGCUGCGGAGUGUGGCCUUCCGCUCGUUUCGACCGUUCCGGUACCGUAAGUAAUUCCUAGGGCGUCGGCGUGCAAGCUGCUCCGUUAUAUCAACCUACUACAACUAUAAUAUUGGAUAACCGAAAGAAGCGCACUUGCAGACACGAUGAAACACACACACA